UUCAAGAGGAAGUCCUGUUACGGCGAAGUAGCCACCCAAAGACCAGAAUAUUCCUGAAACCGACAAAUAUCUGCAAUAAAAAACAUUAUGGAAGCGAACAGACCACCUCAAACAUCGGUGACCACAGAUGGAGAUGCCACUGGACCAGGAGAGGAAGCAAGAAAGACAGUAGCUGCAGCCAAAGCAGCCAACCACCUGUCUGAAGUUCGUCUGGUGGUGCUGGGCUGGAGGUGGCCGGGGAAGAGCCUGACAGGCAACACUAUCAUAGGCCGAGAGGAAUUUCACUUGGAGAGAGCGGCUGAGUUCUGUGUGAAGAGGCAGACAGAGGUGCAGGGGCGGCAGGUGAUUGUGGUGGACACUCCGGGAUGGUUCUCCGCCCAGGAUACACCACCCUCCUAUAAGAAGGAGCUAAUGAGAGGAGCAAUUCUUUCACCUCCAGGUCCACACGCCUUCCUGCUAGUCAUCCCAGUGGGCAUGUUCACAGAGGUGGACCGUUCGCGCGUCGAGGAGCAUGUGAGCCUCUUUGGGGAGCGUGUGUGGAAGCAUACAAUUGUGGUUUUCACCUGGGCGGAGGUGUUGAGGAACAUUUCAAUCGAGAGGUACAUUUGCAGGGAGGGCAAGGAGCUGAAGUGGGUACUGGAAAAGUGUAAGCGAAGGUACUUUGUCAUAAAUAACUGCAUAUUUGGGGAGCAUCCUCAGGUAAACCGUUUGAUGGAGAGGGUGGAGAAGAUGGUGGCAGAGGAAGGGGGCUACUACAAACCAGAAGAGGUGGAGAAAGAGAAGAAACCUAUGGAUGAGAAUCAGAACCCAGCCAGAGAGGUACGGGAGCUGGGGGCACGACCCAAACAGAACUCUGGACUGGAUUUGUCCAAAGCCAAAUAGGUGGAUCCGCUUUUGCAAUUAUCCAGGCACUCUUGGCUGACGGACCCUCUAAACCAUGAAUAACGGAGCCUCUGCUUUAUUGUUCUGAUGGCAAAACUGGUUAUUUGACGAGAAAGAAAAUGGUAAUUAACUGAAAUGUUACUGAAUGUACAAACCAAUGUGAUUUAUUGUAUUUAUUUUUUAAUCAGACAUGUAACUGUGUGUUUUAGUGAUGUGCAUUCUUUAUGAUGCAGUAUCCUCUCACUGUGAUGAUAUGGGUGGCCUUUUCAACAUAAAUGCCCUUUUCUCAUGCUGCCCAACGAUUUAUACUCCAGUUUUAACAUGUAAUGAUAAUUUUUUGUUAGUGUAGAGGAUAUUUGUCGGUUUUUAAUAGUGUCUUUAAGGUUGUCUGAUUGGACAGAUUGAAUUUAAAUCUAAAACAAGGAAGCUCAAGCUCUUAUAUUCAGUAGGUAACAGAUAUCAUUUUAAAAUCCAGUGUGUACACUCCGUGGUCAUGGCGGACACCGAUGGCAGAACUGCACUACUAAAUUGUUACCAUAAUAUUCUGUUGAUGAUUGUUGAGGGAUUUGCUUUUAUAACGAUUCCCAUUUGUUGUGACCAAACUGUAAAUGCUUACGUCAUGCUGCAAUGCACAGUUAUAAAGCACUUGAGCAGUUAUUGAUUUUUGUCUGUUUCUCUAAAGCAGUGACUUUUUGGCCUUUGAACGGACCCUUUAGGUGUUUAUAUAACUUUGUGGCAGAGGGAUAUGUUUGAGGCAAAGAUGCUCUACCGUGGCCCUCAACAUAGAAGCACUCCAUUUUCAUUAAAUCUGGAAAAUUCAGGUUGAAAGUCAGAACAGAAGUGCUAGGAAGAUGAAUUAGUUACAAGUUUCAUAGAUAAGCGCAUCCUGACUACCUUUCUACAGCUUAAAAUAGGUAGUGUGUUUCUUGAGGUCUCUACAGAAGCAGGGUUCACCGUCCGCAUGAUGAAUGUGUUUGUGGCAGCUAUUUUUACAGGAAAUGAGGUUUCCAGAGGGCACAUAAUGAAGAGAGUCUAACAUUUCCAUCCAGGAAAUGCUAGAAAGCUAGUAUACAAAGACAGUGGCAUUGUGUUGACUUCCUUUACUUAACCAGCCCUUUGAACUGCUUGCUCAAGUGCCGCGCUAAAAUUUACCGUUACUAGUUGCCACCUCCACCAAGUUGGCUGGUGAAUUAAAGCUCUUGCUUGUAGAAAAACUGAUUUAGUCUGUGGCUUCAAGCAGGCUUUGCAAGCAGUAUGCCAGACUCUCAAACUCUUUGUUUGUUGUUAUACAAUAAUUGGAUAUUGGGCACCAUCAGGUCUGCAUAUCUACAUAGCUAAUAAACCUGAGAGCUAGGUCAAAUACUGCAAUAAUCUACAGGGCUGGUGCAACUUUUAGUACUCCUUUGUAGGCAGCCAGCUAUGCCAAGUUUAGCAAC